CUCCACCCACCACCCAAGGAAAGGCCCUGAAGUGCCGCUUAGGCUUCCGACUAUGUCGGGAUCAGACUGAAUGUGUUAUUUUUAGCCACGUUUGUGAUGGAGAGAGAGACUGUGAGGAUGGAUCAGAUGAAGAUGAAUGUGAAGCAACUGAAACUCGAUCUUCUGUAGAAAAUCCAAGCUCAAAUCAAUUGCCCCCAUCGGAGAAACCCAAUAAUACUCCUCCCCCCAAGCCAUCCUGUAGAAGUCCAUCAAUGCUGUGUCCAAAUUCAUUCCUUUGCAUCAGUCUAAAACAGCUUUGUGAUGGAAUUAAAGAUUGUCCUGAUGGAUCAGAUGAGAACUGUCUGACAAGAUGUGUUUAUGAGGGUGAGUUUCUGUGCAAGGAUCGUAGGAGCUGUGUCUCGAAGACUCUGGUUUGUGAUGGACGCUCUCAUUGCCACGAUGGCUCGGAUGAAGUUGACUGUUCGACUGUAGCUCCCCGCUUGACUACCACAAAUGUCCUGAAAUGCCAUACAGGCUCAAAGCUAUGCAACGAUGGCACGGAAUGUGUUUUAUACAGCCAUGUUUGUGAUGGAUUAAAGGAUUGCUUGGAUGGAUCUGAUGAAGACGGAUGCCAGAAAACCUGUAAACAAGGUGAAUUUCAGUGUGCCCAUGGUGCAAUGUGCAUCUCUGAGGUCCAAGUUUGUGAUGGGAGGGCUCAGUGUCGUGACCGUUCUGAUGAACUGGACUGUUGGGAACAAAGCAAAAGCUGCGAGUAUCGCUGUGCAGAUGGCCAUCGCUGUAUCCCAAAUAAAUUCUUGUGCGAUGGAGAGCUAGAUUGCCGGGAUGGCACGGAUGAACUCGGCUGUAAUCCUGUGACCAUAACAGCCACACCUAUGCUUCUGAGUCCUGAAUCAGUUUGCAUUGCUCCUUCAGUUCGCUGCCCAGGUUCAUCAUUGUGUAUCUCUCAAAAUCAGCUCUGCGAUAGAAAAAAAGACUGUCCUGAUGCAUUUGAUGAGAGGGACUGUAUUUUCCAGUGUAAGAGCCGAACUGAUUUCUUGUGCAGUGACCGGCGAAAGUGCAUCCCCACAAUCCACGUGUGCGACGGCCGUGCCCACUGUCCAGACAGCUCAGAUGAGCGGCAGUGCGAAUCAGUGGAUCUUGCCACUCCUUCUCCCCUGGACAAAAAUGGUGCCAUGUCACCUCUGAAAUGUCGCAAAGGAUUCAAGGCUUGUAAAACUGGCCUGGAGUGUGUGAUGUAUAGCCACGUGUGUGACGGUGAGGAUGACUGUCAGGAUGGAUCAGAUGAAGAGGCAUGUGCCACUCAGUGCAAAUCAGAUGAGUUUGAAUGUCAGCACGGUAAUCGAUGCAUCGCACCAGAGAAGGUAUGCGACGGACAGUAUGACUGUCGGGACCGAUCCGAUGAAAUGGACUGUGAAAGUCUAACUUCGGGCUGUCAGCACCGCUGUGAUAAGACACGCUGCAUACCAGCAACCUUCCUGUGUGAUGGCGAGAGAGACUGUGUUGAUGGAUCAGAUGAGAAGAAAUGUGGUUUGGCGGCCUGUGAAGUUGAACAAUACCGUUGCAUUAGCGGCCAGUGUGUAUCUGAGGCUCUUCGAUGUGAUGGCUACGCUGACUGCAGUGACCGCUCUGAUGAGGUCGACUGCGCAAGACCCCCACGCUGCCCCACAGAACUGCGAUGCCCUCACAGUCACGAGUGCCUGCAGAGCGAAUGGUUAUGUGAUGGCGAGGAUGACUGCAAAGAUGGCUCAGACGAAAAGAACUGCUUGACUAAACCUCCAUCAUGUAGAGAAUACCAGUGGCAGUGUGAAGGCAGCAGUCAAUGCAUUCCUCUAUUCUGGAGGUGUGAUGGGAAGACGGACUGUCACAACAGCAUGGACGAGGGCAAAUGCAACGAGAGAAAGUGCCCGUCUCAUCUUUAUCAAUGUGGCAGUGGUGAGUGUGUGAACAUGCGACUGGUGUGCAACGGCUUCACCAACUGUGCUGACAGUUCAGACGAGGGUGUGGGAUGCACACUGCGCAACUGCUCCAGUCCAUUAGCUCCUCGGUGCGAACAUAGUUGUGUCAGCACGCCAAAUGGACCGAGGUGUUAUUGUGCAGCAGGUUUCACACUACAUUCCGGUGGUGCGUCUUGUGUGGACACCAACGAGUGCAAUUUGUUGCAGCAUGAGGCAUGCAAACACAGCUGCAUCAACACCCGGGGAUCCUACGUGUGCCAUUGCCACCCUGGGUUCUACCUGGAACCAGACAACAAAAGCUGCAAGACAAAGGAUGAGCCACUGCUGCUGGCAUCAGUUCAGUCAGAACUGUUACUUCUCGGCAUUCAUACUGGCACCUUACGUCUUCUGUCUUCUGCCAAUCGACCUGUUUUUUCACUGGAUUACCACUGGGCUCAGCAAAGAGUUUACUGGCUGAGUCCCGACUACCAGAGCAUCCGUUGGGCUGACAUGACAAAAGACUCAAACAAAAAAGGGACUCUUAUCAAAGGAGUGAAGUCUGAUUUCAUUGCCAUAGACUGGGUUGGUAAAAACCUAUACUGGGUGGAUGGACUAGUUGGACAGAUUCUGGCGGUGCGACUUAGUGAUACUAAAGUGAAAUCUGAAGAUUACAUUGUGGUCCUGGCUGAAGAUCUCGAGCAGCCCCGCUCGCUGGUCUUGCUGCCACACAAAGGGUUAAUGUUGUGGUCUGAGAUUGGCAGCACCCCUCAGAUCCAGCGGUCUGGGAUGGACGGCUCAAAGAAGAAGGUCGUGGUGAGCAGUGGCUUGAGCUGGCCUGUAAGUUUGGCCUAUGAUUUCCUGGAUGACCGUGUGUACUGGGCUGACGAGAAGAUAUGCUGCAUUGGCUCUGCCACCCUGGAUGGAGAUUAUAUAAAGAUCCUUCAGUUAGCUGAAACUCCAAGCCCAUUCUCUGUGGCAGUCUUCAAUGACCGGCUUUUCUGGUCUGACACAAAACGAAGAACCAUCCGCUCAGCUGACAAAAACACUGGCAAAGAUCAGAAGGUCCUUCUGAAGAGACCAGGACAGCCUUUUGGGCUCAAGGUGAUGCAUACCCUCUCUCAGCCCUCUAUAUCAAACCCCUGUGACCAGCUGCAAUGCUCCCACCUUUGUCUCCUGACCCCAACGCAGAAGGUACUAGUUAAAGAGCCAGCAGCAGUCUGUCGCUGCCCAAAGGGGCUUCUACUUUCUAAAGACAAGAUCAGCUGCUCUCUGCCUUUGGAAUCCACUUUUAUCUUGCUUCUGUCCAACACAAAGGUCUAUCAGAUUUACCUGAAGUCCUUGCGUAGCGAUGGGGUCGGUCUGAAAAAUAUGCCGAACAGCCGUGUUAUGGCCCUUCCCGGUGUUGUUAAGGCCUCAGGAUUCGAUGUAUCUAUCCAAGCAUUGUCUUUAUAUAUGGCUGAUAGUGGCCAAGCUACUGUAGAUCUGUUGAACUUAAGUGGUCCCAGAUCCAGGCAGGGACUGACACCAGCCGGGCGCAUUCUAAGGCUUAAGGAUGAUUCAGUCGUGGCUCUGGCUGUUGACUGGGUGACCUCCAACCUCUACUGGAGCAGUAAAAAAAAGCCUAAUCUCCAUGUGACCACCCGUCAUAAAAGCUACACCACCUCUCUGCUGCAGGGAUCACUGGCGGGCACAACAUCCAUUGCAGUGCAUCCUCCCUCAAGUCAACUUUGCUACACAUCCCUUGUGGCUGGCGGCAAGAGGCAACAUGAGGUGAGCUGUGCCUGGAUGGAUGGGAGCAACAAAGCAGUGCUUUGGAAAAAGUCCAACGUCCCCACAUCAUUAGUCUUUUCCAACAAAGGGACCACAAUCUACUGGGCUGACACAGGAGAAGGCCUAAUCUGUUCUAUUGGACUUGAUGGAUCUGGCUAUAAACAGUACAAAACGGGGCCAGGUUUGCUUACUUCUUUCACAUACACUGAGAAUAUCCUGCUCUGGAUAACCCUGGAAAAGGAUGUCACCAAAAUGUGGUUCAGCAAUGGCCUCCAGCCUCAACAGUUGUGGUUUGAGUCAAAAACCAGCCUGGUGCAAAUUAAAGCUUACAGUAAUGACAGCCAGGAAGGAUCAAAUAGGUGCUCCAACAAAAAUGGGGAGUGUGCGCAUCUUUGUUUGCCUUACCCUGGAGGUCGCACAUGCAAGUGCAGUCGUGGAUUUUACAGCAUCAGUCCCACUUCCUGUGCACCCGAGCACCCGUGUCCCAAAGGAGAGCAAGCUUGUCUUGAUAGCAGCAAGUGCAUCAGCAGCAAGAAGUUCUGUGAUGGACGUUUGGACUGUCCGGAUCAAUCCGAUGAACAGGACUGUCCAUAUAUGAACUUUCCUCUUGGAAAAAAAGUUCAUGACGACCAUCUUCCCAAGUCUUCACUCUCACCUCCUCACCAAAACCCUCCAAAGGACACUUUCGCAGACGAGGACUCUGCUUCAUGUGGUCAGCAACACUGUAGCGGUCAUGGCCGCUGUGUUAUGCAAGGCAAAGCCCAUCACUGUCACUGCAUCGCUGGUUACAAGGGAGAGUUCUGUCAAGAGGAGCAGAGUAGACGAAGCCAUGUGGGGGUUGUCCUCGGAGUAGUCUUUCUUUUUGCUGCAUUCACGGUUGUUGCUUUCAUUUUUGGAAAAAGGCACGCCUGGGCAUUGAUCAGAGGCCGAUCACCAGAGAAAGAAACACUCAUGGAUAAUAUGGGCCUACCUGAUGAACACUUUGAGACUGACCGUGAGGAGCUUGAUUCCACAAUAGAUUUGACGAACCGUCCUGUAGCUUCAUAACAUCCAAUAAACGUCUGCUGGCAGAUCAGC